ACCAUUUUUUUAAGUUGUUUUGAUCAUAAGCAUGGACUUCUUCUACCUCUGGGUCAUUGCACAGAGGAUGAUAUAGAGUUUUAGACUUUUAGCUCUAAAUGGCUCAAGAUACAAAUUCUGGUGCUGAGUCGCCAAGGCCACGUUCUGGUCUAUUGCGAGAUCAGGUCCAACUUGUAAAAAGGAAAGACUGUGACCGAUAUGAAAUUGCCCCCAUUCCAGAUACACUGUCGUUUGAGAAAGGCUUCUUUAUAGUUAUCCGGGCAUGCCAGUUGUUGGCUCAAAAGAAUGAUGGGUUAGUACUCGUUGGAGUAGCAGGCCCCUCUGGAGCAGGCAAGACUGUUUUCACAGAGAAGGUGCUGAACUUUAUGCCCAGCAUUGCUGUCAUUACAAUGGAUAACUACAAUGAUGCUAGUCGUAUCAUUGAUGGCAACUUCGAUGAUCCGCGCUUGACAGAUUAUGAGACAUUGCUUGAAAACAUACAUGGCUUAAAAGCAGGGAAAGCAGUCGAGGUUCCAAUAUAUGAUUUCAAGUCUAGCUCUCGCAUAGGUUACAGGACAGUGGAGGUCCCUAGCUCUCGUAUUGUACUAAUUGAGGGCAUAUAUGCCGUAAGUGAGAAAUUGCGGCCUUUGCUAGAUCUUCGCGUAUCUAUAACUGGUGGAGUUCACUUUGAUCUUGUCAAACGUGUUUUACGUGACAUCCAACGUGCCGGCCAAGAGCCUGAAGAGAUUAUUCACCAAAUCUCUGAAACGGUAUACCCUAUGUACAAGGCCUUUAUUGAGCCAGAUCUCAAGACAGCACAUAUAAAAAUCACCAAUAAAUUCAAUCCAUUCACUGGUUUUCAGAAUCCGACUUAUAUUUUAAAGUCAAAUAGGACAGUGACAGUGGAUCAAAUCAAGGCUGUGGUUUCUGAAGAGCACAAAGAAACCACAGAAGAAACUUAUGACAUAUAUCUGUUACCACCAGGUGAAGAUCCUGAAGCAUGUCAAUCGUAUCUAAGGAUGAGGAACAGGGAUGGCAAAUACAAUCUCAUGUUUGAGGAGUGGGUUUCAGAUAGUCCCUUCAUAAUAUCACCAAGAAUAACUUUUGAAGUUAGUGUGCGCCUUCUUGGAGGUCUCAUGGCUCUGGGGUACACAAUUGCAGCCAUCCUGAAAAGAAGCAGCCAUGUUUUCUGUGAUGAUAGGGUCUGCGUUAAAACUGAUUGGUUGGAGCAGCUUAAUCGGCAAUAUGUUCAGGUGCAAGGAAAGGAUCGUCUCUAUGUUAAAAGUAUCGCAGAGCAGCUGAAUCUGGAAGGUUCUUAUGUUCCCCGUACUUACAUUGAACAAAUUCAGCUGGAGAAACUUGUAAAUGAUGUUAUGGCCUUGCCGGAUGAUUUGAAGACAAAACUCAGCAUAGAUGAUGAUUUUGUUUCAAGCCCUAAAGAAGCCCUUUCCCGAGCCUCAGCAGAUAGGAGAAGCAAGCAUCUCAAUCGCGGUAUAUCACACUCUUACUCAAAUCACAGAGACAAGUUAACAAGGCUUGCUGUUAACAAUAGAAGGUUUGAUGGGAGAACCCUGGAAUCACCUGCCACACUUUCAAACCAGGGAGUUAUCACUCAACUUUCAGAACAGAUAUCUACGCUGAAUGAGAGGAUGGAUGAGUUUACUUCUCGUGUUGAAGAGCUUAACUCCAAGGUCUCGUUCAGAAAAUCUUCAGCUAGCCAGCAAAACUUGGCUUUGCAGGCUGAAGCAUGCAAUGGAUCUGGACCUACUUCUGUUUUUGUUACUGGAUUAAGUAAUGGUGCGUUGACAGGAACCUUACUGCCAAGCUCCGCGUCUGCUUCACAAUUAGCCAAGGAAUCCCCUCUGAUGGAAGAGAUACAAGCAAUCACAAGAAGCCAACGCCAGAUCAUGCACCAAAUAGACAAUUUGAGCAACCUUUUACGGGAGUACACAGCCGAGAGACUUCGCCUAGGAAGAGCAGAUAGUACUGCCCGAGUGAAUGAUUACGACUCCAUUGGCAUUCCUGUUGUACUUGGUUUGGCAAUUGGUGGUUUAGGUAUUUUGCUCUUUAGGAGUUUGAAUUCCCAAAAGUAAUGUACUGCCAAGCAGCUAACACACAGCAUACAUUGUGAUACCACAUAUAUAAACCUCAUGACGGAAGAGCCAGGAGUUCUGCAUUUCAAAUAAAGGUGUAGCCUGCUUACAUGAUGAAGGGAGGCAAAUACGGAUAAAUCUUUCGAUUUAGCGUAUGUAAAUAGUAUGACUUGGAUAGCAGUUUCUGUUAUUACUGUUGUAAACAAACUUUUGGAUGCAAGUAACAUCAGAUCCAUCUUCCGUUAUUAG